UUAUUUAUGAUGUUUACAUAUCUCUCGGGUGGUCGUGGUCUUUUUUUCCUGUAAUUUUUCAUUAUUUUCUUCAUGAGUUUUUGUAUACCUUGAUUUCGUUCUAUCCAUCGCAUCCGGCAUUUUUUUAUCGGCAUUUUUUGCCCUGAAGCAAGUUAAAAUGCUUCAUAAAGAAGCUAUCCCAGCAUGGCCAUUUGCUAUCAUGAAAUCUCACCCAUGGCUAUGGAAACUUAGAAAAAGCUGCAUUGUUCCACCUGUUGGAGUACUGUCAAAAAUAUUUUUUGAAUACUUAAGCCGAAGCCAGGUAUUUAACCGAGAGGCACUUUUGGAACUGGUAGGAAACAGAGCUGAUGGCCAGGGCCUGGUCACUGUCUCCAAUCACUACUCAUGCCUGGAUGAGCCUGUUCUGAAUGGAAUGCUGAACUGGAGACACCUACUGAGUCCUGAUGUGAUGCGGUGGUCGCCGGCGGCGCACGACAUCUGCUUUACUCGUCCGUUCCAUUGCUGGUUCUUCACAUCAGGAAAAUGUGUUCCUAUUGUUCGCGGAGAAGGUGUUUAUCAGCGCGCCAUGAACUUCCUGGUGGAGCGGCUGCGGCGCGGCGACUGGGUGCACCUAUUCCCGGAGGGGCGCGUCAAUACCGAACACGAGCACCUGCGGCUCAAGUGGGGCGUGGGCCGACUGGUGGCCGAGCCGGAGCGCACGCCCACCGUGCUGCCCUACUGGCACCUGGGCAUGGACGCGGCGCUGCCCAACCGGCCGCCGUACGUGCCGCGGCCCGGACAGACCAUCACCGUGCUGGUCGGCCGGCCGCUGACGCUGGCGGCAGAGGUGGCGCGGCUGCGGCGGCGCGGCGCCUCCAGCCGAGAGGCGCGCCGCACCGUCACCGAGCGCGUGCAGGACGAGCUGGAGCGGCUGCGCAGCCGGGCCGAGCAGCUGCACGCCGCCCGUCUGGCCAGCUGACGGCCGACACCCGGUGGGUGGUAUAGGCGCGGUCAAACGGACACGCACAGUGCAAAUUCAGACUCCCUCCCCGAAUCGCAGUGUAAUAGACAUUUGUCGCGCGCUGAGCGAUACCAGUCAACUAGAAACUACAACUCAAGACAAGUUGGAGCUACAAUGCAAGUAGGUCUGUGCCAGUAGUCUUAUUUUAAUAUUAAAGUUUAGAAUAGUUGUGUGCUACUCUCAUCUGAGCUACAGGAUCACAGGUGAUUACAUGAUUCCGGUUGCAGAUACCAGGUAGAUUUUUUUACAAGCAUCGCGGUACUGUUCAUGCCGUAUUGAAAAGGUGAGUUAACAUUGUAAGCUGCAAUAGAUGGCAUGAUCUUGUCUUGUAUUACACUGUUUAAACAUAUUAAGUCGGAAAUGAAUGGAAUGAUCAAUGGCAGAAUUCACGCGAUAUUUCGAAAAGAAUGUAGGUAUGGGUUCUUACGGACAUGACAAGACGGGAGGCGGAGCAUGAGGAAAUUUACCGUGUCCAAAGCUAUUUUGCGAGCAAGACAUGUCAUUUAAC